CCGAGACAGUAUCAGCCAAACGGGCCCUCAUCGAAUCCACUGCUCAGGGUCAGCUCUCUUCUUCCCGGCCUGUCUACUGAAGCUCCCUCUCUCUCUCUCUCUCUCUCUCUCUCUCUCGCGUCCUCGGGAGGAUCGGCAAUGGCAGCAAUCACACUGAACAGCGGCUUCAAGAUGCCCGUACUGGGGCUAGGCGUGUGGCGGAUGGAGGGCAAGGAGAUCCGGGACCUCAUCAUUAGCUCCAUCAAGAUCGGCUACCGUCACUUCGAUUGCGCCGCUGAUUAUAAGAAUGAAGCAGAAGUCGGGGAAGCACUCGCAGAAGCAUUUAGAACUGGGCUUGUCAAGAGGGAUGAUCUCUUCAUCACCACCAAGUUGUGGAAUUCUGAUCACGGCCAUGUAAUAGAGGCUUGUAAGGACAGUCUGAAGAAACUACAGCUUGAUUAUCUGGACCUCUAUCUUGUUCACUUUCCUAUUGCAACUAGACAUACUGGAGUUGGUGCAACUGCUAGUGCUUUGGAUGCUGAUGGAGUGCUGGACAUAGACACAACAGUUUCGUUGGAAACUACCUGGCAUUCAAUGGAAGAACUUGUUUCAAUGGGUUUGGUCCGCAGCAUUGGCAUCAGCAACUAUGACAUUUUCCUCACAAGAGAUUGCCUUGCCUACUCCAAAGUGAAGCCUGCAGUCAAUCAGAUUGAAACCCAUCCCUACUUUCAGCGUGAUUCCCUUGUCAAAUUCUGUCAGAAGCAUGGAAUUUGUGUGACAGCCCACACUCCCCUGGGAGGUGCUGUAGCCAAUGCGGAGUUGUUCGGCACAGUGUCAUCCCUGGACGAUCCCAUCCUCAAGGGUCUUGCUGAGAAGUACAAGAAGACAGUUGCACAGGUUGUACUUCGGUGGGCCAUCCAACGGAACACAGUCGUUAUCCCAAAAACAUCGAAACUCGAGAGACUUAAAGAGAACUUUGAGGUCUUCGACUUUGAGCUCACUGAGGAAGACAUGGCCUUGAUUAAGUCCAUGGACCGACAGUACCGCACUAAUAACCCCGAGAAGUUCUGGGGAAUUAACCUCUAUGCUUGAGUUAUGCAUUCUUAAGUUGCUUGUAUCCAGCUAGUAACUUAUGUGAGGUUGGGGGAGCUGAAUUGCAUUCAUCCACAACUUAAAAUGGUUGCAACAAAGUAUCUCGUAUUAUUACUUCGAGUAUGCUUGAAUUGGAAUACCCGGAAAAUAAGAUUUGAUGACACUGACAUA